AAUCCCUGCGUGUCCAGGAGAUUAUGUGUGUGUUUGCGCAUGGGAUUACGUGCGAGGAGGACCAUGGCAAUUGCUAUUUUAGACUCUGCGUUCGGGGAAUAUUUUUGUGUUUUAAACCCAUGCUUGCAGGUCACACAAUUUUUCUACAUCAAUUUGGUUCAGAUCCUGAGCGGUUACACACCUGCGUCCCGCUGUUAUUCGCUAGGUGGGUAGGAUUGGAAUUGAGCCCAACAGCAAGCGACCCAAAACCUCCAGAAUAAUGGCUAUCGAACUCGUCAAGAUUGGAAUUUCACUGAAAAUGCUACCAAAUAACAGUGCAGUUUUUUUCAAAUCGGACGGUGCAAGGUUUGGCCAAACCAGGACAAUUAAAUUGCUAACGGGUUCAAAGUACAAGAUUGACGUGGUUGUCAAGCCCGGGGCUGCAGAGGCAACCAGCAUGACAGUGGGAGGAGUUACCUUCCCCUUGGAGCAGCAGUCUAAAGACCCCCAGUCUGUGGUCUACAGCGGCAUCUAUGACACCGAGGGUGUGACACACACCAAGAGUGGAGACCGACAAGCUGUACAGGUCAGCGUGCAGUUCACAGAAGUGGGCUCUUUUGAGGUGGUGUGGCAGGUGAAGUUCUACAACUACAACAAGAGGGAACACUGCCAGUGGGGCAACAGUUUCAACAGCAUCGAGUAUGAGUGCAAGCCCAACGAGACUCGAACCCUGAUGUGGGUCAACAAGGAGAUGUUUGUCUGAUGCGGUGCCGACCAAUGAAGCCAGGGUCCGGGUUGAGUUCUUAGGCACAAAAAAAACACAAUGACAUACGACAGGACUGGGAUGCACUGGCCAGUGGAAUGGCUUGUUUUCCUUUUUCUCAUGCGUAAAGUUUUGUUACAGUGUGCCCUAUGAACAACACCCAUGUUACAAUAAAAUCUUGAAGUUUGUGAUAGUGUGUGUGUUUCAGACAGCAUGGAGUCCCUUCAAUGCACAGCUUAACAAUUAAUUAUUUUAAGUAUCUAGAUGUUGAUAACAUCCCGUGUGUUGGUAAAACUGUUUGUAAAUUUUUUUCCACAUAAAGUUCUGUUGUGAUAUCUGUUAACCCUCAGGUAUAUUACAUGUAAUGGAGUGUCUGUGGGUGUGUGUGUGUCUGUGUGUGUGUUAUAUCUAUGCAUAUCAAAAUAAGCAGUAUGGGAACUCCAUGUAUGUUUUAUGUACAUGUGUGUCAUGUGUUACUUGUAUUUGUUAUGGCACUGUAAUAAGCAGUCCAAAAUGUAGUACUUUGUUUUUUAUUCAGUUAAAAUGCUUUAAAAGGGAUCUUAAAAACAUGUAACACUUCCUCGAAUAAACUGUUAAAGAGGGGAAGAUUCUCAGAGGAGCCAUAACAACUAGCAAACAUGAGGUGUUAACUAUUUUUUAUGGGGUAUGUUCUUCAAUGAACCAUUACAACAAGCAUUUUGAAAUACACUUUUACAUGUUUCCUUGAAGAAUGACCUGGGAGAAAAUAGAGUGAAAUGCCUUGCUCAGGGACAGAAUGCCAUUGUUUUCCCAUGAUUGCAGGGGAUUCAGUCUAGCAACCUUUCAGUUACUGCUCAGGUCACCUUACAACUGGGCCACCUGCUCCCCAAAAGUUUUAAUGUAAAGAACCACUACUUUGUCUUUUUAGACUGCAUAUCUAUACAUUAUUUUGUGAAUUUCUUAUGUUUUUCUAAAUCAACAGAGUGGCAGCAGUAAAGAAGUUAUUGUAGAAUUGAGUGCUUUCCUUGACAAUAUUUUUUUGUGUUAAAAAGAUCACUCAUUUGAAUUGGGCUCAUGUUGAUAGUGAAAAAUUGGCUCACAUAAUAUGACAAUUCCCUUAGAAGCUGUUUGGCAGCACUGCCUUCUUAAAUAUUUUUAUUUGAAAAACUAUAGUUAGUUGGUGAAGUAUAACUUAUUUUGACAUAUGCAUCAAAGAUGCAGCAAAUUUGGUUAUAAUUAUUUGUGCAAUUUUACCAUGACAAAUAACACAAUGUGGGAUGCGGAUAUGUUUUUCAUGUGUAGCUGAAAACGUUGGUGGAGGUAUUUGAAUAUAGUAU